AUGGCCAAGACCAGAGAGCUGUGUAGGGACAUCAGGGAUACAAUUGUAGACCUGCACAAGGCUGGGAUGGGCUAUAGGACAAUAGGCUUGGACCCUGUCUUUAAGAUACUGUUCAGCAACGUGUACCAGAAUGUGUGCAUGUACCAGGACUUCUACUACAAGACCUUUAAGCUCCCUGACUGUUCUCCCAGUGUGGACCCGACUGUCACCUACCCCGUGGCUUUGAGCUGCCACUGCGGCCGCUGUGCUAUGGCCACGUCUGACUGCACCUUUGGGAGCCUGCAGCCCAACUUCUGCAUUCAUGACAUACCUUUCUACAUCAGGCAGAGUUUAGAUUCUCUGCCCGAGCCCGAGCCCGAGCCCGGCACGGCCUGA